AUGUCUGGAAGGCCGGAGAGUGUACAAGGCGGCAAUGUGGAGAGUCAAUCGUCCAAUGUCUCGCAGGGAGGUCGGAGGAGAACAAGGUCGGAAUUUGAAGGUGACACAGAUUACUCCUCUACGACUCGCAGAAGAUUGGAGGGAAUGUAUCGACUGCAGUGGACCAUGAGCAGCACUUUAGAGGAUAUUCUCCUGGAGGGAACCACUAACAGGGCCAACAUGAAGCUGAACGAUUUCCUCCGAAGCAACUUGGGCGAGGAGUGGGUUGUGGAAAGAAAUGGGAACGUCACGAUGGGGAAUUUUGUUCAGAAUCCCGAGACGUUUAUCAAAAAGAAAGGGUUAUUACACACAAUAAAGGCAUCGCCGUCGUACCAAGAGCUGGAAAGAGAGAUGAAAAGAGAGCUGGAGGAAAGGAAAAUACUAUUGGAGGCUAUUUAUAAACUUCAUCACGAGGGUGUGGACUUUCUUGAGCAAUGGAGGGACUAUGAAGGAAAGGAUACGGUCACUCCACUUGCAAGGAGAAAGCUAAACAGAGUACUCACUCAAUUACUGAGAGAAGAAAGCCGUGAGGCGGAAGAAAGGGCAGUGCGGGAGGAACACGUAGGAUUUGCCCUAACUACUACGAUCAGGGAUGUGCUAUUUAGAGGAAGAGUUCGCGUCAUGGACGUAAAGCUGAAUGAUUUUCUUACGCUGGAAUUUGAAGGCAGAGGCAUUUUGCGCGCCAAUCGGAAUGUCUUACUGAGGGGUUUUUUCAAGGACCCCACGAGGUAUAUCCACGAUGCGGGAGUAUUGGGCGAAAUGCAGGCAACCGAUGCUUAUUUGAGGAUGGAGGGGACUGUAAGGGAUGAAAUGUAUUUGGAAGAAGCUGUACGCAGGCUUCACCACGAGGGUGUGUUCUUUCUUGAGCAAUGGAGGGAAUAUCAAGGAAAGGAUACGCUCACUCUUCAUGUAUGUGGAAAGCUAGACGGAGUUCUCACUCAGGUAGAGAGAGCAGAAAAAGCAAGGCGUGAUGCGGAAGAAGAAAAAGCAAGGCGGGAAAAAGAAGAAAGGGCAAGGUUGGACCAGCAACGAAUCAAGUUUAACUUAACUCUCAGCAUUAAAGACGCAAUUUUUCAAGGAAGAGCUCGCGUCCAUAAAAUGAAGCUGAAUAAAUUUCUUAUGAGAGAACUGGACGGCAGGGGCGUUGUGGACGCCAAUCGGAAUGUUUUGCUGAAGGAGUUUUUCAAGGAUCCCGCGAGGUAUUUCCGUGAUGCGGGAGUAUUGGGCGAAAUACAGGCAACCGAUGCUUAUGCGGAGAUGGAAGGGGCUGUGCGGGAGGAAAUGGAUAUGGAAAAAGAUUUAAGGAGGCUUUACAAAAAUGGUGUCAGCAAUCUAUUUGGGUGGUUGGUGGCUUCUGCGGAGAUAAGAGCAAGUGUUCUUGACAUCACCAAAAGUUUUUUGGAUGCAGCCCUUGAGGAGGCGAGGAAACCAACGACGACGAUUGCACCGAUAAAAAUGGAGGGAUUGUACGAGUCUGUGUACAAUGCGAGGUGGCAUCAUGUCGUGGAAGUUUCUGGUGGCGAGGGGACGGGAAUGGAAGUGAAGGAGGGGAAACCGGAACAGUCAUGGAAGUACAAGAAAGCUGGCUACACUCUCGAAGAGGAUGACGGUGUGCGGAAAUCCGGUGAAGUACCUCCCAGGCUGAUGGUGCUCACCUCGGACGAUGGAUGGCCGUACACGAUGAAUGGGCCGCAUAGGGCCGGUAAUGACUUGUUUGUUAACUGCGAGGUGGAGCGAGUGUGGCAGAUCGUGAAGCGCGGUCUAACCAAGUGGUUCAGCAAUUUUGAUUUGAUUCUCAAUCCUUCACCCGUGCCGCAUCUUUUGGUUGGGACGCCCGGGAUCGGGAAGUCGAUGAAUGCCGGCUCGUACCUCCUCUACCAGCUGCUGCACUACGAUGUCGAGAAACUCCAAGUGGUUGUCCACUGUUUUGGAAGUACGGCGUACGUGUUUGACAAGACCAGCAGGACGGUGACAAAAUACAUGGGUAAUAAAACAUCCAAGAGUGUUUUGGGUGGUUUGUGGCAGCGUGGGAUGAAAGGGUAUAUUAUUUACGAUGUGGCAAAGAAAGGAACACCGCCCGACCCGGAUAUUGCGCCCCCAACCAAAUGGGGCAUGAUUGUGGUGUCAUCGCCAAACUUAAGCAACUAUGAUAAAUGGGCGAAUCAAAGUGAAUCCGUACAAAUCGUAAUGAAUUGCCCCGAGAAAGACGAUAUAAAGGCGAUGUGCGCUUGGAUGAAGCAAAAUCGACAGCUUGCGGAGGAAGAAGAGAAGGAAGAAGAGGAGGAAGAAGAGGAGGAAGAAGCGGGGGAAGACGAGGAGGAAGAGGCGGACUACUGGAAAAAGGUGAAGGGUCGCAUGGAUAAAGUGGGACCGCUUCUUCGCUACGUCUUUGAUCAGCGCAAAUACAAAUCUCGGCUUGUCUCGUGCAGAAGUACAAUUAAUAAAAUGGUCUUGUCGGAUACCCAAUAUUACUCUGUUUUGGGGACUGAAAAAAUGUGUGAAGGUAACCACGUCUCUCACAAACUUGUAAGGUCGUACGAGUACGAGGAGAAGAUAAAUCCGAAUGCCUUACAA